AUCUAUAGUUUAUCGUCCCCGGCUGCUACAUCGAUACGUCGAUGAUCUCCCUCAGCAGCGCAUUCACAAUCGAAGUGACAACCAACUUCGCCAUGGUCUUUCUCUCCUUCGGGGUUGGUCUCGACCCGCGGCAGCGCGAAGUCUUUGGCCCGGCUCUCGGCCCGAUCUUCGUCGGCCUCAUCGUCGGCAUGUGCUCGUUCUUCACCGGUGUCAGCCGUGACGGAUACACGGGAUUCUCCGGGAAUCCAGCCCGAUGCUUUGGCGCGAUGGUCGGUUCCCAUUUCAGCUCCUACCACUGGAUCCACUGGAUCGGGCCGCUGACGGCGGCCAUUUUACACGGGGUGCUGUAUUUCCUCGUGCCGCCCUUUUCAAGGGAGGAGGUUGUUGCUGCGCGGAAGAUUGAUGAGAGCAAUGAGUCUUAGCUUUGUUAUUGUUCAUUGUUCAUCGGGUAGUCUGGUCUAGUCUCGUUGGGGAGUAUUUGGAUUAUAUAUUUGCCAUUGUUGAUACCGUG